UAAUAAUAAUAUAUAUAUUUAAUCUAUACUGACUUAAUCGUACUUUUAAUCUCUAUUUUUUUUUUAAAUAAACUACAAUUGUAAAGAUAUUCACUUCACUUGCAGUUGUUUUAACGUUGGCUGUUGUUUCGCAGUGAGGCGCUAGAUGUCGCAGAUCAGCGCCUGUGAUGUCAGGUUAACCCGCUGAAGAAGAGAGCGUGGAGGGAUUCUAAUGAAGCUUCUACUGAACACCUCUUCAAUGGCUUAAAAGGGCGACUUUCUAUUGACUUGUCACACGAGGCUGUGGACUGUGCAGUAGGAAAUGAAGCGUGCCAGGACAGAACAGAUCCAGUGCACAUUGACCCAGUAUCUGAAGAGGAGGCAGUACAUAGAUACAGAUGGGUCUUUGAAGGGCGGCAAACUCUCCCAGUCUGCGGAGGAGAUGGCUGCUAGUCUCACAGUUCAUACAGAGUCCAGCUGUGCAAAUGUGGUGUCUGUCCCCUGCCAGUCAGACCCUCAGCAGUAUGAGACCCAGUUCUCUAGACUGCGCUCAUUUCUGAAGGAUGCUGAGGUGCCGUUGAGGAAGGAGGUUAGCGGGAUGUUGUUUCCACUCUUCCUCUACUUGCACUUGGACAUGGCGCAGUGCGGCCUGAAGGGGGCGGUAGACUCGUUCUACCAUCGCUUCCACACGCUCUUCCAGCUGGACCCUGAGCAGAAAGCCAUUGUGGAUCUGCUGCGAGGAGCCGUCACAUUGCAGGAUGUGACCUCGAAUCCUAAACUCUGCUCCCUCCUGGAUCACAAAUAUGUGGUUCACCUGACAGAUCAAGCAUAUAGCUACUUGCUGCGUUACCUGCAGAGUGAUGACAAUAGCGCCAUCUGCUGGGUGCUCAGCUCACAUGUACAGGUGGAAGUGACAGCAGCACGUCAACCUGACUAUCAGUUGUAUGGGGCGGGGCUUGGAACAGGAAACGCAACCUCCACUUCCUCUUCCUCCGCUACCUGGUGUGCAGUUGACAGGUUUGAGGGGGCGGAAUCUGUAGAUGUCACGGCAGGGCUACCUCAGAACGAGGCUGCAUUGGAUGUGUUGCAGGACUGCAUCAAGCGUGUGUGCGAGGGACCGCCUUCCCUGACCACUAUCUGCUUCUACGCAUUCCAGCACACGGAUCAGCUGCUGAACACUGCCGAGGUGUCGGCGGACAGUCGCUUGCUGGCGGCAGGGUUUGAUAACUCCGCCGUCAAGCUGUGGAGUUUACGGCCACGAAAGUUGAAGGCGGGGUCUCACAGGGUCGAUGUGUCGAAAAUAAGGCUUGCCUGUGAUGUGCUGGAGGAAGAGGCAGAUGAUGAGCACACAUCAGGCAGUGAGAUCAAGACCCUGCGUGCUCACAGUGGUCCUGUGUACCGCACGUCGUUCCUGACGGAUGGCUCCGGUCUGCUGUCAUGUUCAGAGGACUCCACCGUCCGCUUCUGGGAUUUGAAUAGCUUCACCAACACUGUCCUGUACCGCGGUCACACCUACCCCGUCUGGGACUUAGAUGUCAGUCCCUGCAACCUGUACUUCUCUACUGCGUCUCACGACCGCACCGCCCGCCUCUGGAGCUUUGCCUGCACAUACCCACUCCGUCUCUACGCUGGCCACCUCUCCGACGUGGACUGCGUCAAAUUCCACCCGAACUCCAACUAUGUAGCGACAGGCUCUACUGAUAAAACCGUGCGACUCUGGAGCACACAGCAGGGGGCAUCCGUCAGGCUGUUUACCGGGCACCGUGGUCCUGUGCUCUCGCUCGCCUUCUCGCCCAACGGAAAGUACCUGGCAUCUGCAGGAGAGGACCAGAGACUGAAGCUGUGGGACCUGGCAUCUAGUGCUCUGUUUAAAGACCUCCGUGGUCACACCGACAGCAUCACAAGCCUCUCUUUCAGUCAGGACAGCAGUCUGGUGGCUUCUGCCUCCAUGGAUAAUACUGUGCGUGUGUGGGACAUACGGAACGCUUAUGCAACCGCCCCGCCUGAUGGCUCCAGCAGCGAGCUGAUCGGACAGUACACGGGCAACACUAGUAAUAUUCUUAACGUGCAGUUCAUGGCCUGUAAUCUGCUGCUAGUGACGGGCACUGCGCUAGAGAAACAAGAACAGUGAGAGACGAUGUGUGUGAAUUGCAUAAUAACAUUUUCAGGUCACACUUCACCAAAUCAGAAGUAUAAAAUGAUAUGUUGCUUAAAUGAAGCCUAUUUUGUUCAUGAAAAUCUGUGUAAAUUUAAAGGCAGAACUGUCCUACUGUAACAAUUUUAAGUACAAAAAAAAUAA